AUGACUGCUGAUCUUCCUCGUGUGAGUGUUCAAGAUGUUUUAAAUUGUUCUUUUCCAGUUUGGUAUCCGAUAUUUGAAAAACAUUCUUUUAAAAGUGUUAUUCUUAAAUUGACUGAUGAUGUCGUGCAAUAUCUUCGAUCCGAUAAAUUUUAUCUACCAACUGGUGCAAAUGAAGCAAUGGAUGAAAUGCGUCGACUUAAUACUGAAUCAUCGGAUGAUGAAGAUCAUUGGUCCGAUGAAGAUGCUGAUAAUGAUACAACAAAUAAAAUUUCAUUUCCAGAAUUUGAACAACAAAUAAAAAAUGUACUAGAACAAUAUAAUGCUGUAUUUCCAAAAUUAAAUUGGAGUAGUCCAAAAGAUGCUCGAUGGAUGAUUAGUGAUAGUCGAUUAAAAUGUAUGAAUUUAGCUGAUAUAUUUCUACUUUUAAAAAGUUCUGAUUUUAUUACACAUGAUAUUUGUGAACCAUUUAAAUUUUGUUAUGAUGAUACUGAUAAUUUAUUAUCAACAAUUCAAUAUGUACUUGUACUGAGAAAAUGGUCAGCGUUACAACCAUCAAAAGAAUUUCGAUGUUUUGUAAAAAAUCAUCGAAUUAUUGCUAUUAGUCAACGUGAUAGUGAAAAUUAUUAUGAAUUUAUUGAACCAGUAGCUGAUCAAAUCAUUACUAAUAUAGUUGAAUUUUUUAACACUCAUAUUCAAAAUAAAUUUCCAUCUAGUGAUUAUGUUGUUGAUAUUUAUCGUAAAGAUUCUAAUAAAUUAUAUAUCAUUGAUUUUAAUCCAUGGGGUCCAAUGACCGAUAGUUUAUUGUUUGAUUGGCCUGAUAUAUUGACUUUAUCAUUACAAAAUAACAAUGAAAAGCCUGAAUUUCGUUAUGUUAGUUCACAAAAUGGUAUUAAACCAAAUAGUUAUACACAAUAUGCAGUACCAAAAGAUAUUGCUGAUAUAUCUCGAGAACGCGAUUUUAAUAAAUUAGCUGAUGUUCUAUCUAGUCGAGUACAAGUGCAAAAUCAUGAUACGGAUAGUGACAAUGAAACGAACACUUAA